CCGGUCCCCCUCACAGCAAAAAGGGUAGUUUUUCGGGCAGCUUUUCACUCCUUCCAGAUGUUGGAUCUUAUAAACAGUAAUUUAAAACACGGCAUUAUAAUUUCCAGAACAUGAAUAAAGAAACGAGAUGUUUAUGAACAACGCGUAAGGUUUGCGAUCUCUCCAUCCUCCGGAAAUUUCAAUCUCGUCGUCGUAAUUUUUAUUUUUAAGGUGACGUGGAGCGCCUUGUAACCAGAAAUAGCCUAGGACAUCGGGACUGCUUGGUUUAUCUCGGAUGUAAUUGCUGGACAGUAUCUUGGUGCCUUGCUUCUAACGCUGCCGUGAAGAUGUUCAGCUGUGAAACCGUGCACUGAGCUCCAUUGUCAGGUCGGAGUCAGGAGCAGUAGUCGGUGCGGGGCCUGGAGACUGGAGGAGCGGUCAGGCUGGUUGGAUUGGGUCUGCAACAUCAAAACACAACCAACAAACUGCUGACAUACUGGGAUAAUGCUGUGUGGAGCAGGACACAGGUACUUCUGGAGGACCAUGGAGCUACACUGUGUUUUGAUCCUGUGCUGUUUCUCAGGCUGGGCAGCAGGCUACAAACAAGGGGACAAUGUGACUCUCUAUGUCAACAAAGUGGGGCCUUAUCAUAACCCCCAGGAGACAUAUCAUUACUACACUCUGCCCGUGUGCAGGCCGGAAAAGGUGCAUCACAAGUCGCUGAGUCUGGGAGAGGUGUUGGAUGGAGACCGGAUGGCGGAGUCACUGUAUCAUAUCCAGUUCAGGGAGAAUGUGGAGAAAAAAAUGCUUUGUCAGCUCACUCUCUCUGAACAGCAGGUGGACCAGCUGCGUGAGGCCAUUGAAGAGUUGUACUACUUUGAAUUUGUUCUCGAUGACAUUCCCAUCUGGGGAUUUGUGGGAUACUUGGAGGAGAGUGGCUUCUUGCCUCAUAGCCACAAGGUUGUUUUGUGGACUCAUCUUGAUUUCAACAUCGAGUACAAUGGUGACAGUAUCAUCUUUGCCAAUGUCUCUGUCAAAGAUGUUAAACCUGUCCCCCUAGAGGAAGGCACUGGUACUGGAGUGGGUGGGGUGGGGUUGGGUGGAGGAGGCCUGACUGUCACCCAUACCUACAGUGUGCACUGGUUCGAGUCCCCUCUGCCUCAUUCACGCCGCGGGGAGCGUUUCAGGGACUACUCCUUCUUUCCCAAAACUUUAGAGAUCCAUUGGUUGUCCAUCAUUAACUCCCUGGUGCUGGUGGUGCUGCUGCUUGGAUUUGUGAUCAUUAUUCUCAUGAGAGUCCUCAAGAAUGACUUUGCCAGAUAUAAUGUAGAAGAGGAGGGGAGCUGUGAUGAUUUGGAUCAGGGUGACAAUGGCUGGAAGAUCAUUCAUACUGAUGUGUUCAGGUUUCCUCCGUAUAAAAGUCUGCUGUGUGCCAUACUGGGAGUGGGGGCACAGUUCCUCACCCUUGCCACUGGAAUCAUUUUGAUGGCAUUACUGGGGAUGUUUAACGUUCAUCGUCAUGGCGCCAUAAACUCAGCAGCCAUCGCCUUGUACGCUCUCACCAGCUGUGUGUCGGGAUACGUCUCCUGCAGCUUCUACACUCAGAUCAACGGACAGCGCUGGGUCUGGAACAUCAUCCUCACAUCGUCUCUCUUCUCUGCCCCUCUAUUCUUGACUUGGAGUGUGGUUAACUCUGUUCACUGGUGGUCCGGCUCCACCCAGGCGCUUCCAGCCACCACGGUGCUGCUGCUGCUCGGGGCCUGGGUGCUGGUGGGCUUUCCUCUCACUGUGAUUGGAGGAAUCGUGGGAAAGAAUCGGGCGGGAAACUUUCAGGCGCCUUGUCGAACUCGCAACAUCCCCCGACAGAUCCCCACACAGCCCUGGUACAAACACGCAGCGGUGCACAUGGCCAUCGGAGGGUUUCUGCCUUUCAGUGCCAUCUCUGUGGAGCUGUACUACAUCUUCGCCACAGUCUGGGGCCGAGAGCACUACACAUUGUAUGGCAUCCUGCUAUGUGUUUUUGCCAUCCUCAUCUCCGUUGGUGCUUGCAUUUCUGUGGCUCUCACUUACUUCCUGUUAUCUGGCGAGGACUACCGUUGGUGGUGGCGAAGCGUCCUCAAUACCGGAUCUACUGGCAUUUUUAUUUUUGUUUACUCUGUUUUUUACUACAGAAAUCGCUCGUCCAUGAGUGGUCCAGUUCAAAGUACAGAGUUUUUUGGUUACUCUCUACUCACAGCAAUGGUCUUCUCUCUAAUGCUUGGUAGUGUGUCGUUUUGGGCUUCGUUGGCCUUUAUCAGAUACAUUUAUCGUAGCCUCAAAAUGGACUAAAAUGUGCAGUUACAUGUAAUAUCCCACAUGGACAAUCUGUGUUCUGCUCUUUCAAUCUGACAGCCAAAUGCACACUUUAAAAUAUUGCAGAUUCGGGGCCUUUUAUUGUAAAGGGAAAACUUGAUCUAUGAAUAGGUACAAAUUAAUAUUAGUAAGCAUUAAUUAUUGAUUGAUCAUUGGACUUGACACCCAAAGCGCUUUCUAGGCAUAUUCAUUCACUCCACAUUCGGUGGUAGUAAGCUCCUGUUGUAGUCACAGCUGCCUUAGGGCAGACUAGGCUGCCAAUUUCCACCAUCAGCCCCUCUGACUACUACCAGCACACUAGGUGAUGUGGGUGAGGUGUCUUGCCUAAGGACACGAGUUUUUUUUGCCACUGGUGCCCCAUUGUGGCACCUGAUAUUCUCAGUGGGCUCCCAUCCAAGUACUAACCAGGCCCGGCCCUGUUUAGCUUCUGUGAUAACAGGAUCUGACUUUGAAAAACCGGUAUUGUGAAAAAGGGAAUACAUGCAAUUUAAUGUUGAAUAGGACCCAUACAAUCUUUGAAUGUAGUUUAGGUUGCAUUAAUAUCUCCAAGCUAUACAAUGUUUACCCAGUGAUGAAACAUACCUGCAGUUUUAAUGCAGGAGCAAUGAAGUUUAAUUUCCUUCUAACAGCAAUUGGGUAAUCAUUCAACUAGCCCAGUCAAGCUUCACAUGGCCCUACCAUGUUACAGGAUGCCUUGUAGAUUGAGAGAUGUUGCAAAAUGGUUAAGGGAGCAAUAUUCUCAUUGUUUUCAUGGUCAACUUAUAGACCACAUUUGUUUUGUUGUAAAUAGUAUUUUCAAUAAAAUGCUUUAAUACAAA